AUGGACCUGGAGGGGUGGCUCUUGCAGGACCCGGCGGCGGAGGGUCUCGGGGAAGCUCGCAAGUUCUGGGGCGCGGCGUCGAGCCUACGGCAGGUGGAGGUCGACAAAGAGGACGAGCACAAAGAGACAAUAGGCAAAUGGCAGGACCAGAGCCUCGCGGGCCUCGUGGCGGACCUCCCGGAAGACGCGCGGUCGGAGGCCUUGCGGUUAGCUUGUACUUUGGGGCUCCAGCGCUUGGAGGAGCUGCGGCUGUGCGGCCUGCUCGCAGCGCCAGCCCGGCUACUCCAGGAGACGUCCGCGGCAGGCCACCCUGGGCCGCCGCCGCAGAGGGGCCCGGCGAGUCCGACGGGGAGCCCCGAGAGGCCAGCCGGGAGCAGCAGCAGCGACGCCGCGCUGAACGCCUCGACGCCGCCGGCCCGCGUGCGCGCGCCGUCGCCCGCCGGCGUGGCCGCCGGGGUGGCCGCGCGGGCUGCGGUCGCCGCCGCGGCGCUGCCGGCGCCACUGAAGGUGGUCCCUGCGCCGGCCAGGCGAGCGGCCCAGGCGUCCGCCGCUUCGCCGAGUGUGCAGCCGCAGGCGGCAGGCGGCGAGCCCGCGGGCCUGGCGCCAGCGCUGCCGUGGGGCCGCCCGCCCCACCUGGCGCCGGGCGCGGCGUGGCCGCCGCGGAGUCAGGUGCAAACCCCGCGCGAUGUGGUUCGCGCAGCCGAGGAAUUCCUGAACUGCUGGAUCGCGACGGAGUUCGCGGAGCCAUCUGGCCAGGAGGGGCCAUCGCCUUCGGCCGAGCCCGAGUGGGUGUCCCUGCAGCAGUGA